GUUACUAUUGUCUGAUGAAAUAAAAACAAGUUAAGAAUUUGACAUUUUUUUUAAUUUUACACAGUGUUAAAUUUAGUAUUUACUAUUUACCAAUUGCUACCUAUUAAGUACCCAAUAAGAAUUUUGUAUUUGUACCGACUAAGUCGUUAAUUUUGUUUUACUUUUCAACUAUGUGUACACACUAAUAACAACUCGAAAAGUAAUACGUUAAAUAGAAUAAUUAUUAAUUUAUAAUUUGUAAUAGUUUUAUAUGUGUCCAAUUAUUAUCAUCAACAAAGCUCCACUAGUUCACAGCUCAAACUAUUUUGCCAAUUUGGAUCAAAAUAAGUACUGUUUACAGGGAAAAUAUGGCUGUACUUUACUUAAUGAAACAAUGAUAACACGACAAAAAACUUCCUGUUGAUGUAUCCUGGAGGUCUUAUUUAAAGUGUGAAUUGAUUUGUGAAAGUAUUGCAGCGUUUAAAUGAUCUUUAAAAGAAUGUUUUGGGUGUGCUUUAGAAAAAAAAACAUUCAAGUUCUGUUGAUCUUGGUUAUUUUGUUAGUAACUGUAUAUAACAUAUAUUUACUUGGCAAUAGCCAAAUAUUUGAUAAAUCUCAGAAACAUUUAAUUAUGUGUCAUUUCCAAGAUAAACACGAAGAAUCUUUACCAGAGUUAAUCUCGAGCGAAGUUACUGAAAACAGUAUAUACUUUUUUGAGACGUCCUGUAAUCAUGAAAAGGGUAUUCAACUAAAUCUUAGGCAAGGUUGUGCAAUAGAAUCUGCGGCUUUUCUCAAUCCAGAUUCAAAAAUUUUUGUGUUAUUUCUCUCUCCCAAUUUUGUUGAUCAUAAAUCACACGUUAUUGAUACAUUAAGUAGUUACAAAAAUGUUAAUUUUAGAUACAUAAAUUUACGGUCAUACGCCAACAAUACUCCUUUACAAAACUUUAUCACAUCAAAAACAAUAUUUACGAGUAAUUGGCCCGUUUCACAUACUAGUGAUCUGCUACGAUUUCUAACUUUGUGGAAAUUCGGAGGUACUUAUUUGGAUCUGGACGUUGUACUUAUGAAGUCUUUUAACAGUAUGUCAAAUUUCGUAGCUGUUGAAUCAGAAACGGCUAUUGCAUCACUUGUACUGAAUUUCAGCACUGACAAACUCGGUAAAUUAAUUGCCAACCUUACAGUUAACGACUAUGCUAAUAACUAUCGAGGUAACGAUUGGGGCUACAAUGGACCGGGAGUUAUAACCAGAGCACUUCAAAAAAUCUGCAAUACAGAAAACAUUUCAGAAAUGACCAAGGACAAAUGUCAGGGUUUUACCGUGUAUGAUCAAGACACUUUUUGUCCUGUUAGUUGGAAGGACUGGUAUUCAUACUUUAAUUCAAACACUAGUGCCGAAGUGAUGAAAAAAAUAAAUAACAGUAUAGGUAUACACGUUUGGAACAAUCAUAGUAAAAAUACCGUUGUUAAAGUGGGAUCAACACAGCCUUACGGUUUAAUAGCCCAAAAAUAUUGUCCAAAUGUAUUUUCACUGGCAAAAAUAGAAUUCUAAACACCAAAUGUAAUACAAAAUAUGUUACUUGUUUACUUAGUUUAAUUUUUUGAAAAUGUAUUUAAAUAGCUCUCUAUCUUUAUAUUUUUAUUAUAACAGCUAUAUUCAGUUA